AUGUCUGAAACGCCCGAGAGGUCCGAAAGCCAGCUGUUUGUGACUGAGGACGAUGAAGAUGUGGCAAUGGCAAGUGAAAUGAGCGAAAACGGCGCUGAUAACGACCCAGUGGUCACCGAGAUACCGAUCAACUUAACAAACGGCCCAUUCCCGUUGCACAUCUUGCAAUAUCUCAAUAAACCGCGUAAGACAGCCCAUGAUGCAGUUCUGCAUCCGCCUGUGAGCCAGGUACGAUACAAGACGAAAUCUGCGCUUUGGGAGCUGGAAGUACCGGUUAACACCGAGGUUUUUUACGAUAGAAACAGGGCAGAAGACGGAUGGGAUUCCGUAGCACAUCAGACUUUGAAAGGUGUCGGUGUGAAGAAUGAGGGCCAGUACGUAGGUAUGAUGGUGGAGAAAGAGCUCUAUUUGGCACCAGUAGAAGCCGUAGCACAGGUAAGACCAUUUUUCAAGCAUAUAGAUUUGGCAGCAGCGCGAGCCAAGCGGGAAGACGAUAACUCCAACAACACACAACAGCAGCCGGCCAAUGCACAGGCAAGAAAGGCCCAGAUGGUGACGAUGUCGGUCAAAAGUAGCAGCGAAGCGAACCAGCCGCGUCUGGGUGGAGCUUUGCUGGCACAUAAGGUGGCAGACGAGGAAGCACCCGAACAACUGGAAUGGAUCGAGGGCACUUUCCCACAAUUUCAGCAGAGUGUUGUGUCCGAAGAGGCUCGGGCCCGUCUGCAGCCGAUCGGUGACAGCGACGACUAUUUAUCAAAGGCUAUGUAA